CUGAGAGUUGAACAGAUUGUCCGCCUAUCCACGCACAUGGGACAGCAGUAUGAUCGCACUUGCUUGUGUCUUGAAGGCAACAAAAAGAUCUCGAGGCCAGAUACAUGAAAAAGCGAAAAAAGGGGAAGACUGCCGGUGAAAAAGACGUAUACUAAGAAGACCGCACGGCCUAAACAAGCAAAACGGCCUUUCAAACUGCCUUUCAAUCUUCGUUCUCAGAUGGCCACCACGACCCAAGCGGCAACCAUCAGGCAGCCCACGAUGAGGGCCAACCCAAUGCCCUUCCCACCCGUCCCCGAGUCAUACUGAUCUUGGGUGUCCUGUCUGUCGUCGCCUGAGCGUCGGAAGCACUGCGGGCCGGCCUCCUCGUCCUCCUUCCAGCAGCAGUUGAGCAAGCUGCAGCCAUUCUCGUCCACAUUGGAGCCCCCGCAGGGCUGUCUGUCGGCUUCUUCGACAGCGCUGCACAAUCCCCUGGGCGUCCCGCCGGGGCUGAUGCCUUCGAAGAAGAUGGGCGGAUCGGAGUUGAUGGGCUGCCAGGCCGUGUGGAUCCGAGGGAUUGUCGUGUUGAGCACCUGGCCCUGAAGAGACAGAAAAGAGAGCAGACACACAUGAUAAGACAGGCACACAGGCACACAGACGGACAAGGAGGGAGAGACAGCUCCUCCUACUCAGCCCCCACAGUCACUCAGGUACGUACCUUCAGUGACGUGAUGCGCACACUGUAGGGCGGUUCUAUUCUUCUUUGCCCGCCUUUGAGGCCCGUGACUUCUGUCUUGAAGACGAACACCCCAGCCGCCCACUGAUCCAUGGUCCACCACCUGUCGGACCCCUUGUGGUAUACCUGUCGGGUAAAUAGCGUGCCCAGUUUGCUCGUAAAGUAGUUGAUCUUUCUGCUCAUGGACGUACCUCAACCUUCCGGGGCGGAAUGGGCAUGUUGCGCACUUGUAUCUGCAAGGCAAGAAAAAAAAAAGACAUGUAGACGACACGAACGAGCGACUGAUUUGUGGUUCUGUCUGUCUUUCUUUCUUUCUUUCUUUCUUUCUUUGUGUCUCCACUUGCCUACCGACAGGAAGUGCGCAUUGUAUCCGUUGUUUCCUGUCGAAGUGCCAGGAUCAAAUGCGAACUGGACGGGCUGCCCCCCCGAGUCGCCUACCGUACGUACAAAGACGGACACAUGGACAUUCAUCGACAGUAUGCGCAUCGAUCGCUCACAAUCAACGGCCACCCACGUCGCCUGAAACUUGCCGCCUCUGCUCCCAUCGGAGACAUCAAAGUGGCCGGAAUCGCAUUCCUAAACACACACGCCGUGCAUAUUUCUCCUUGCCUUCCCUCCUCGCGCCUCGAUCUCAGCCCACUGAGCAAGAAGCAAAGCACUUACUUAUAGGACAUUGGUUGUUGGCGAAGACCUUGAAUUUCUGAUUCUGAGGCGGAAUGUCUGCAUGCACCCAGCCAGAAUAUCCCCUAUCGUGCACAGCAAGACGGUCUUCACUCGCCUACCACUCUCUUGGCCACUGCCAGGCGUGCUCUUGUCGCUCAUCCCAAUGUUGGUGUGGAGCACCUCGAAGCACAUCCCGCAUCCUCUGCCGUCGGCGAAUACAUCGGGAGGAAGCGCAAUAGUCCUCCAGAUCCCAUUCGCUGCACCCGAAGUCAGGAAAGCGUCAAGUAUCGCCGCACACGGAGGGCUUCCUGACUGACUUACUGCCAGUGGGUGGGUCAGGAUGGAUCCUGCAUUGCCCUCUGUCGGCGUCGGUGAGGUCCCAGUAGUACGUGAGGGCACCUGAAGCACCCAGUGGCACACAUACCAGCCAGCUCAUCCAUUCACAUACAUCUGUAUGGACAGGGCGUCCUGACCUUCUCGGGGGGUGGAGUACAGAUUGAGCAGCGUGUUCCACGCAUCACCAGUCACUUCACAAAUGAGGCCGAGAGAGGCCACAAGCAACAACACACAAAACAUCAU